AUCAAAAAAGCUACACAUUGCGCUAUCUUCCCUCCGAAUCCAUUGGUAAUUGAUAGCUUUUAUUGAUUUUCAAUCAUUUUCAAAUCCCUUUUGUCGACAAGUCUUUAUGAUGCAUACAUUUUUAGAUAAAUUGGCGAAAUGUAUCCAGGAUUUUUAUAUAGCGGGUAUAGGGACACCCGUUAUCUCUACAAGGACAUUUAUACAUGAGGAUUUCCUGGCAACGGUAUCCAAUGUUCAGCAUCAAUGAAUCAGAUAAAUGCAGGAGUGAUUUAAUAUUAGCAGGCUGAAUUGCAGUAAACAUUGUUUUAAAAGGAUUGCACUUUAAUGGAUUAUCUAAGCAGGUGCUUGUUGUGAAAUCCCAAACGCGGUGACGAUGGGUGUGUUAAGGCUGGUAGUACACAUACUUUUUUUGGUUAAAUCUAAUUGUAUAACACUGGAUUCAUUACAUGAGAACAUCACCACUAGAGUCACGUGGGAUGAUGUGGUGAGGUUCGGGGACCACGCAAUGUUGGAGUGUGAGACGCUGUCAACGGUUGUCGUGAACGUCACUCACACGUGGCUACUUCCAAACGGGACCUCGACGUCACAAACAUUCCAGGACACCACGUGUGGUGCCGGGGAUUGUGAAUCCUUCAUCGAUAUACCAACCGUCGACUUCCAGCAUCAAGGCAACUACACGUGUCAAACAGAUUUUGGAGAAAUUAUUGCUUUUCUAGAAGUUGAAAGUUUGUGUCCUCACACGAGAGUUUCUAGAGCAACAGGGUUAUCAUUCCAACUGGAAACUGGCACAGAAAGCUCAGCGUUUGAUUGUAUGAAUCGAUGCGAGAACAACACAUUGUGUGAAAGCAUUACUUAUAUAUCAGUAACAAAUGAAUGCUGGCUUCAUAACGGAACAGAAAGGAGCGAUGACGCAUGUCAUAACGACCUUCUGGGAUAUUUUUACAUCAAAGUGUGUACUACCAAUACCUCGUGUGCGAUGGUUGAACAAAUUGCAGACUCAAAAGGAACAGGCACUGUGCUAGAGACUGUGAAUCGCAUCACCCUGGAUGAUUGUUAUCAGGGUUGUCUAGAUAAGACAAAUUGCUUGGGAGUCGAUUUCAACCGGAACCUUAAUGAGUGCAGACUGUAUGAUAGUGACUUGUGGAAAGAAGAGUUGUACUGGGCCCGACAACAAAGCACUCAGUGUGAUUUUUACCGCAAAGUCAUCAAUUGCUAUCCAGUUAUAGAAUGUUUUCCGCCAAAGGAUUUAUUCGGGUUGUACUAUCGAGGGAAACAUAGCGUGAGUGUUAACGGAGUCUGCAAAGAUUGGAAAGAUACACAAUUUACCCAUCUUAAACAUCACCAGAACUUUUGCCGAAGGAUAACUACGAGAAAGGCAGGCGUGUAUUGUGUGUCAGCAGUAGAUGAUACCGUCCAAACCUGCCCGGUGUCAAAAUGUGUAAACAUACAGGGAAGCGGUGUGGAUGUUGUAUUUGGGGACACAGGAACGAUAUUCAUAAAUGUGACCUGGCAUUCCGAAAUCAAUAUCACUUCUUUCGAAUGGAGGAAAGGGGGAGUAGUUCUUAAUACCAGUAACCCCAAUUACAUAGUUGACGAGUUUCCCCUUCCCUCUCUCACUGUCCUGAAUACUACAUUUGACGAUGAAUAUCAUUACGAGCUUGACAUUCAUACAGAAAAGUACGACACACAAACUUCCGCCUUCUUUUUGGAUAUUGUAGGACAUACGCCAACAACAAGAUUUAUGAUAACUCCUGAUCCAGCAGUUCUAGGCUCCCAUUUAGAUAUUGAGUGCGAGCUUCUGCAGCCUCCAUCGCCGAAUAUUGUAAAUUACACCUUUAGUAGAAAACGAGAAAGCGACCUGGUCCCAGAACUUCUGACAUCAAUGGCGUCUAAUGAAACUUUUGACAACACCUCUGUGUUCAUUGCUAGUUUCUCUACAGAGAAUGCCACCAUUUUGGAUUACUCGGAGUACACGUGUAAAACAAUUAACCUAAUUUCCAAGAAGAAGUCAAGCCGAUAUCUAGAGUUAGACUCAGGAGAGUCGGAACUAUCGGGUUUUGUCUACAUACCUGGCCUGGAUAAAGUUCUUAAACCAUUUACAGUGGACCAAAAAGUCAAAACGGAAGCGGAAAUCCACUGCCAAACCCUGAACGGCACGUUGUUUCUCAUAACGUCGCUGGAACGCCAGGUUUAUACUGAGAAACUGUUGCGAGAAAUCUGGAAUAAGAUUUCAGGAAACGCCUUUAUAUCCGGUGAGUAUUCUAUUGAUAGUUGGAUAAUCAAUGGAACAGCGGCUGUGUUCACUUACUGGAAUAGCUCAUACCCCCAGCACGAGGACAGUAACGGGUGUAUAACACAGCAGCUAGACCCUCCCUACAGGUGGACGAACAUCCCUUGCUCAGAACACCUGCCCUACAUCUGCGAGUUACAACCGUAUUGUAAAGAACCUAACGUAACCAACGCAACUGCAAGUCCAGGGUCUACCUAUAUAUUUACCUCAAGAGAUUUCGUCUGCACUCACAGCAAGAAAUCAUCUUCCAACCUUCGGUGUCUUGAAGACCUAGAAUGGCAUGGCGGAUGUGAACCUAUUAUCUGUCCAAUGGUAAGUGGAGUGAACGCUAGCCCAUUGAUGAAUACCACAUAUUAUUUUAACGAUACGCUGGAGUUUGCGUGUGUUGAAGGCUUUAAGGAAGACUCCGGAAACACGGUGCUGUAUUGUAGCCUUAAUGGGACAUGGAUUGGAGACCCAUUAAACUGUACAGAGAUCGUAUGUCCUGUUAGUAACGUAACGAAUGCAAGACUAAUUACUGCAAAUGUGACUUCACCAUUCCUCCCAUAUAUGUCAACCAUCGAGUAUGAAUGUCUACCCGGGUUUGUUUCACAAUCCAGUGUUUUAAUAAGCCAGUGCCUCGAAAAUGGAAAUUGGACAAGUUUACCUACAUGCGCAGUGCCUCUUUGCCCACUUGAAAACAUUAACACCACAGUCUUAACUGUCAACAAUGUGGACGGAUAUAACACCAUGGACAACAUGUCACUCUCUUGUAAGGCAGGAUAUCGUCACGUGUCGGGCGAUCUAAAUAGAACAUGCCUGUCAACUGGAGCAUGGAGUUCCCCCCUCCCAACAUGCAACCAAUGUAAGUGUCCCUGUGACAGAGUUCGUCCAGUUCAAAACUUAACUGACGCUGAGCUUCAGGCUAAAAUUGAUCAAAUAAAACAAGAACUUGUCUUGAACACGCGGACACUGUCAAGUUCGAUACGUAAAAGGACUAGCGCCAAGGACGAGCGUCCCUCUGCCACAGGUGUAGGGGUCGUUCUGGGGGUUGGAAUUGUUACCUUUCUCGUGUUAGCUGUAAUUGUGCCAGAUAUCCCGAUGAUGAUAUUCAGCCUACGAAAUAACUAUGUGAUACAGAUAUUGAUCGAGAAGUAUCGUCAUCGCAAGUGAUGCACCAUUGACUUUGAUUUAACGCACUGUCUGUGAUAUGUUUUGUACUUACUUGAUUCUAUAAGAAAUUAAAAAAAAAUUAAACUUUACAUUAUUGACUAAAUAUUUGUGCAAUUAUUUGACUCUCGAGUAUCUCUGUUAUUUCUAGAUACAUGUAUUAAUUAUUGGUUUUCUUUCAAUACAUACAAUUCUAAAUCAUCACUUACAGCGUAUUAGUAAAAAUGAAGGAAAAAAACCGAAAUCCACUUGCUUGCACAUGUACAUGUCUUUAAAUAAGAAUGUCCAUAAGUAUUUGUUUCAGAAAAUAAAUAUAAUUUUAUUCUUUAAAAAAGAAUUAUUAAUUGUUCAUAUUUAAUAAUUGUUUCUUCUCUCGGUUCAUUUUAAUUAGAGAUUCCUAUAGAAAGCCAGCUAAUUUAUAUUCAUGAUUACUGACUGAAUUUUAAAUCUGUGUAUUGGUUCAUUCCCACUUUGAAAUUACACUUAUCCGGUGUUGGUUAGAGUUUAUAAUUGUAAGAUUUGUGACCUGAAUUGGGCAAUCCUCAAUCAGUGAUAGUUUGUAUUUUCUAUACCCCCGCUCCGAAGGAGAGAGAGGAAUAACUUUUUUACCAGUGUGUGUCUGUCUGUUACUAAAUUUCUGUUGCAUUUUUCUGAGCAAACAUUUAUUGAAGGAGCUUGAACUUUUAAUACACUCCUUUUUUCACCAUGUCAUAUGCUAAAAUUUAUUUUUGUACCAAUCGAACGUCAUCUUCCUGUUAAAUGACGACUUUGUUAUUUUUAGUCUAAAUUUUUUAAAUCUUUUCGUAAAUGUAUUUUCAGCAACUAUAAAUCGCAGAUGCAUGAAAUUUUAACUUCUUUUAUUAAGGUAUGCCAUAUGGUUGGAUUCAUUUCUUACCAGCCGGACUUCAAUUUCCUGUUAAAUGGCGACUUUGUUUAUGUGAAGCGUAUUUUGUCAAACAAAUUUUCGUCAAAACUUUCUCGGCAUUUAUUAAUCGCAAAUGCAAGAAAUUUAAACACACUCUUUGUCCAGUAUUACACUCUAGUGGUAUUCAUUUUGUACCGAUUAGACACCGACUUCCUCUUGAAUGACCUUUUUUUUAUUUUUAGCCUAGAUUUUCAGGCAAAAUAAGGCCAAUUGGCCUCUUGUUUGUAUUUGUUCACAUCAGAGCGAGAGUAUUACUGGAUAUUCAAUAUACUCGGAUCAAAGAAUUAUGAUCACUUUUUACUGCAAUUUGUGCACAUCAGUGUACACAUCUGUUGACUACUGUAGGCUGAUAAAAAUUAUUUGAUUUGGACUAAACAACAACUAAAUUAAAUAUAGAGCUAUAUUACACGUAUAUGUUUAUUUUCAUAGCUUAGAUUUGUUCACUGAAAGUAGAAUGUAUAGAAUAUAUAAGGAAGAAAGAGAUAUAUUUUCGAUAUACGCUGUACGUUGUAAUUAUGCUUGAUGGAUGGAUGGAUGGAUGUUCAGUUAAUGGACAUGUUUUUAAAAAAAACCGUCGCACGAAUACUUAUCAUUCUUUAGCAUGACAAAAAGAAUUGACAUUAUAAAUUUUUGGUUUUAAUAUUCAUGGUUCUCCGAUCCUCAGCCUCAAAGUAUUUUUUCAUCAUCAAGUGUUGUUUUUCAAACUUUAUAAAUAAAAUGAAACAAUACGGAAUUUGUAGAUAGUAUUCGUGCAUUUUACAAAGUUAUUGCAAAUUUGCCUACAAUGGAUAUAAUGUAAUUAACAAUGGAUCUACAACGCCAAACAUGUAGAUGUGUGACUGAAGGUAAUACUAGCACAAAUUGUCUGUAUAAAAGUCCAAUGUCUAUCUAUCUAUCUAUCUAUCUAUCUAUCUAUCUAUCUAUCUAUCUAUCUAUCUAUCUAUCUUUUCAAUAGAUAUAAUAUUUUUAGUGUUGCAUAAAAUUAGGUGGUAGUAAAAGAAUAUUUGUUUCUUACAAAGACUGUCCAAUUGUGUAAAUUUAAUCCAUUAAAUGUCUUUCGGGUGUUGUUAUCUAAAUAAGUUUGAAAUUGCUGGGUGUAUUACUUAUUUAAACAUCUUGUUUUAAUGCAUGUAUUGUGCGACGACUCCUAAGAAUUAUUUUCCCAACAUGUUCAUUGAGGCAUGAAAACUUGUUGUGUAGGUCUCUAAUGGAAAACCAUAAACCAAGUCUGGUUUAGUUUAAAUUGAUAGAAAGACGAUUUCAUUCCGGCGCAUUAAAUUUUCUGAUUCCGUUGGUUCUUAAAAAAAUCAAUGCUUGCAACGUGACGCUCUCUUCUAAUUACUAAUGUAUAUCUAAUACAGUGAAUUGC